AUGCCUGCAAUUGCAUCUCGACUCUCAGGGUCCUCAAAAUCUCCCGGACAGUUCAAGCAGCCGUCGAGGAAAGGGAAAAGAACAUGGAGAAAAAAUGUCGAUUUGACUGAAGUGGAACAAGGUCUAGAAGAAUUGAAAGAAGAGAUUAUUCGGGGAGGCGUCAUACGAGAGAAGGAUUCCGCGGAGCUCUUCACGAUCGACUUGAAAGGAGACUUGGAAGUAUCAAGAAAACAUGCUAAACAUUUAAAAAAGGGUCUUAAGGCAGACGAAAUUCUCGCACAGCGGUCUUCUAUCCCUGCUAUAUCCAUACGAAAACGCCAUAGUGAUAGAACAUCGGACAACACCCUGCCAGCGAAAAAACCACGAGCCGAUUGGGUCUCUCACAAGGAUUUGGCGCGUCUGAAGCAAGUUGCCGAUGGCCGCCAAGGCAUCAUCGUCGAAGCCAAAGAUGCAACAUAUGAUAUAUGGGAUUCUGGUUCUGCAGCCACAACUGAAACGCAAUAUGACUUCUUGCCACUUCAGGAACCGACCAAGCAACCAAAGUCUUUGAAACAAAAACCUAUUUCGCUGACAGCAAACGGAAAGGAAGUCCCCGCGAUCCCGAAACCCAGCGGCGGUUAUAGCUACAACCCAUUGUCGACAGAUUAUGAAGCCCGCCUUGCGGAGGAGAGUGCUAAAGCUCUGGAAUCCGAACGGCAGCGAAUCAUUGCCGAAGAGUCGGAGAGAGAAAAACAGGAAGCUGCAGCUCGGUCUGCUGCUGAAGCUGAAGCAGCUGAAGAACGUGCGAAUCUGUCCGAGUGGGAGGAGGACUCUGAAUGGGAGGGUUUUCAAAGCGGCGCUGAGGGCGGCGAAACUAAGAAGAAACGACCACAACGCAAAACACAAGCGCAGAGAAAUCGUAUCAAGCGAAGAAAAGAUGAAGAGCGAUUGGCGAAGCAAAAGGCGACUAUGAAGGCGAUGGAGGCUCAGGCAGAACGGAUAAAGGACAUUGUCGAAGAGGUUGAGGAGCAUGAGCAGAAAAGGGCCCUUGGGAUAGCAGAUAUUACCGAUGCCGAAACGGAAGGCAAUGAUGACGUGUUGAGAAGAAAACAACUUGGCAAGUUCAAACUACCUGAAAGGGAUCUGGAAUUGGUACUACCUGACGAACUGGAGGAAUCUCUAAGGCUUUUGAAGCCGGAGGGCAGUCUGCUCAAGGACCGGUACCGGAGUAUGCUCGUGCGCGGCAAGAUGGAAUGCAGAAGACAUAUUCCGUUCAAGAAAUUGGCGAAACGAAAAGCCACAGAGAAGUGGACCCACAAAGAUUUCGUCUUGUAA